UACAAUUGCAAAAACCCUAAAAAUAAAGUUACUGGUUCUUUAACAAUUUCUGAAAUUGACCAAGGUUUAAAGUAUGUUAUUUUCAUUUCCCAGGCUGAGUCGUUUCCAAAGGAAUUAAAUUUAUUAUUAAAAGGGAAAGCUUUAAAUCCUAAAUCUAAUGUUGCGGCACUUAACUAUGAUUUUGAUAUGAAACAUCCUAUCUUACUGAGCUCGAAAAAUCACGUAACCAAAUUAUUAUUUGAACACGAACACCGCAAGCUUUUACACGCUGGUCCUCAAGCUCUAUUAGCAUCUCUACGUACUCGUUUCUGGCCUAUCAAUGGUAGAGACUUAGCGCGCCGGACCGUAUUAAAAUGCAACAUUUGUAGAAGGUUUAAAGGUGAAGUAGCUAAGAAUAUAAUGGGUAAUUUACCGUCCGACAGAAUUACGCCAGAUUUUCCUUUUGUUAUUGUUGGAACUGACUUUGCUGGGCCAUUUAUGAUCACGGAUCGUAAGGGUCGUGGUUGUAAAAUCACUAAAUGUUAUUUAUGUGUUUUUAUAUGUUUUAAGUAUAAAUGUAUACAUUUAGAAGCAGUGUCUGAGCUAUCUAAGGAUGCUUUCAUACUUUGUCUCCGUCGUUUUGUUGCUCGACGAGGCAUUCCACGCAAAAUCUAUUGCGACAAUGGUGGCAAUUAUGUAGCGGCUGCUAAAGAAAUUAAGAAUUUUAUAGACUCUAAUGUUGAUGCUCUAUCUGAUUUUGCAACCAAGGAGGGCAUAGAAUUUUGUUUUUCACCAGCUUACGCGCCUCACUUCAAUGGCCUAAUGGAAGCCGGUGUCAAGUCAGCUAAAUUUCAUUUGACGCGAAUAUUAGGCCAGACUCACUUAACUUUCGAAGAGCUCUCAACAUUGUUCGCUCAAAUAGAAUCCAUUUUAAACAGCCGCCCCUUAUCUCCUCUAAGUUCUUCCCCAAACGAUCUCUAUCCCUUAACCCCGGGCCACUUUUUGAUUGGAAAACCAUUGAAGGCGCUACCAUCUCCAUCUCUCGAAGAGACCAAUAUUAAUCGUCUUGAUCGUUUCCAGCGAAUACAAAAAAUCAAGCAAGACUUCUGGAAUCGCUGGAGCCAGGAAUAUAUCUCCGAGCUACAAGCCCGCACCAAAUGGCGUUUGAAAAGGCGGGACCUGCAGGCGGGCGAUCUGGUCAUACUAAAGGAGGAAACUCCACCUUUGCACUGGCGACUUGGACGGGUGGAGCGAACCUUUCCUGGCUCAGAUGGCGCUAUACGUGUAGCCGACAUUGCUACUUCGCGAGGCAUCGUGCGCCGUGCUCUAAAUAGGAUUUGCUGGCUGCCUAAUCCUGAUGAAGAUGCUGGAAAGCAGUCGUGAGCUUUCCAGGGCCGGGUGCAUGUUCGCGCCUUAGCUGCGAACACCUACACAAUCGUCGAGCGCGGCCGUCGGCGCUCUUCCAUCCCACUCACACGCACGAGAAUAUUCGCGGCGCGGUACGAGGUACACCGCGAGCCCCACUUCU